AUGGCAUAUCCAGAAUAUAUUAAUAACGAGCCACCUGUAAUUACCUUACAAGAGUAUGAUAAUGCCGAGUGGGCGAAAACUACGUGUGUAGAUAUUACGCCGAAUGGAUACGUUGUGGUAAUUAUGGAAACACCAGAUAAAGUUAUUGCAAAGAUUGAUCCUAAAGAUAACCAUAUAUUGGACAAGAUUUUUUCGAGUGCCAAAGAGACUCACGCAAAGAACUUGGCUGAAAAAGCGACACUAUCGAGCGAGGCGACACUAUCGAGCGAAGCGAGAUAG